AUGAAGAAGCUCGCGCCUCGUUGCAUCCUUUUCGUGCUUUUGGCCCUUCUGGGCCAAAGCCGCCGCCGCUCCCACUUGCUAGCGUACGACAUAGGCGGGCCGGGACUUUCCGUCCAAGCUCAGCCGCUGCAAGAUGCUCCCAAAACGCUACUUGUCAAAUGUCAUUCGGACUCUAUGGAGCUCGUGCUUCAGCGCGACUUGUUCCUCACGGGGCUUUUGGUGGAACCCGAACAUCUGCGCCUCGGUUCUGAGCCGGCGCGUGGAAGCGGCGGCUCAUGCCGCGCGCGAGCGACGGCUGACGGCGGCGCCACGUUGACCUUAUGGGCCGACCUGAUGGAUUGUGGAACGCUGCUCUCGUCAACACGAGACAAGCUUAUCUAUUCGAACGUGUUGGUCUACACACCCGAGCCAUCAUCUGACGGCUUGCGUCGACUGGACGCAGUGACGAUUCCGGUCGAGUGCCAUUUUGACAAGAGGUAUUCUGUGGCUGGCAUUUCCCUGCACCCUGCCUGGAUUCCUUCGGUCUUGGUGGUCGCAGCCGAAGGUGGCAUUGACUUCAAACUGCGCCUCGUGACCGACGACUGGAUGUUUGAAAGACGCUCUCGUACGUAUUUUUUGGGGGAACCCAUGCACAUGGAGGUAUCCGCCGCUGUCCGGAAACAUAAGCCCUUGCGGGUCUACGUGGAGCAUUGCGCCGCCACGGCUGACCCGGAUCCCUAUUCCGCCAUAAGAUACGACUUUAUCGAGCGUAACGGAUGUCUCACGGACGCCUUCCACACAAACUCCAGCUCUCGCUUCCUGCCCAGGCUUGUGGAGCACACGCUUCUGUUUCAGCUGGAAGCAUUCCGGUUCCAUCACCAGCCCAACAGUCAGGUUUACAUCACUUGCUGGUUGAAGGCUGUUCCAGACUCGGUCGCCGGUCCCUCUCAAAACAGGGCCUGUUCUUUUAUUGACAACGGAUGGUGGUCAGCAGGCGGUGAGCACACCAAAUGCGGAACCUGCAGUCCACUAUGGGCCACAACCACCAGAGCUACAGACAUAAGGCUGGCUGCAAAUGGGGCUGAAAAUGUUGCUCCGGACAAAGUCCAGCAAGCAACUAGUAGUCAUCUGCACGCCCACCCUGAAAUGUCUCAGCAGUCCACUUCUGGUGUGAAGAUGGAGAGCGACUACAAAUUGAUGAGAGUCGUCCAACUUGGUCCUCUUACUGUUGAGUAGACAUCUGUCACAAUCCAAGAUGACCUUCACACACUGGAAAGGGAAUUUCCUUCUCCAUUUCUUUCUUUGCAGUCAUGUUUGUGACCAAGCUCUCAAAUACAAUUUUUACGCUACCUCAGAAUGUUGUUGUUUUUAAAGCCACGUGACCUCUUGCUUUUGCUUAGGGUUCGGUUUCGAAGCGCUCUGCGAAUGGAUUUCUUUUUGUCAAAGUAGGCAAACGUACGGCGAAUCCUUUCAACGUCAUCGGAUCAAUCCCGUCUACGUAUCGGCCAUCCUCCGUAGAUGAGGGAUGCCAUUAAGGAGCACUUCCUUCCAUUA